AUGAGUCACCAUCGCCGCCGCCAUGCGCAUCGCGCACAACCUGUCGUGGAGGUCGUCGCGCCAGGAGCAGGAGAGGACGCGCCGCAGCUCUCGGUGACCAUGCUCGGCGCUGGCCAAGAGGUCGGACGCUCCUGCUGCGUCAUCCAGCACCGUGGAAAGACGGUCGUCUGUGAUGCCGGUCUACACCCAGCUUACCCCGGUCUCGGCGGUCUCCCCUUCAUUGACGAGCUGGACUGGAGCACUGUCGAUGCAAUUCUGGUUACACACUUCCAUGUUGACCACGCCGCCGCUCUGCCGUACAUCAUGGAGAAGACCAACUUUCGCGAGGGCAACGGCAAGGUGUACAUGACCCAUGCGACAAAAGCCAUCUACGGCCUGACAAUGAUGGACACGGUCCGCAUCAAUGACCAGCAUGCGGACGCUGCGGGACGACUGUACAACGAGGCAGACGUUCAGGCGUCAUGGCAAAACACCAUCGCCGUCGACUACCACCAGGACAUUGUUGUGUCUGGUGGUUUGAGAUUCACCCCUUACCACGCCGGACACGUUCUGGGAGCCUCCAUGUUCCUCAUCGAGAUUGCUGGCCUCAAGGUGCUUUACACGGGAGACUACAGUCGAGAAGAGGACCGCCACCUGGUCAUUGCCGAGGUACCCCCCGUCAAGCCGGACGUCAUGAUCUGCGAAAGCACGUUUGGCGUGCACACAUUGCCAGACCGCAAGGACAAAGAGGAGCAGUUUACAACACUUGUGGGCAACAUUGUGCGCCGAGGAGGCAAGGUCCUCAUGCCCAUCCCCUCGUUUGGCAACGGACAGGAGCUGGCAUUGUUGCUGGACGAGUACUGGAACGAGCACCCAGAGCUGCAGGGCGUCCCCAUCUACUUUGCAUCUGGCUUGUUCCAGCGUGGAAUGCGUGUCUACAAGACCUACGUUCACACCAUGAACUCGAACAUUCGCUCCCGCUUCGCGCGCCGUGACAACCCCUUCGACUUCAAGUAUGUCAAGUGGCUCAAGGACCCCAAGCGUCUCGACCACCGCCAGCCGUGUGUCGUAAUGGCCUCGGCGCAGUUCAUGUCGUUUGGUCUCUCGCGUGAACUUCUCGAAGAGUGGGCACCAGACCCGAAGAACGGUGUCAUUGUGACAGGUUACUCGAUCGAGGGUACCAUGGCGCGCACCCUCCUGGGUGAGCCCGACCACAUCGACUCGCUGCGCGGUGGCAACAACAUUCCCCGAAGGUGUACCGUCAAGGAGAUUUCGUUUGGUGCCCACGUCGACUAUGCCCAAAACUCCAAGUUUAUCCAGGAAAUUGGAGCUCAGCACGUAGUCCUCGUCCACGGCGAGGCGAGCCAGAUGGGUCGUCUACGUGCCGCUCUGCGCGACUCGUACGCCACUCGCGGACAGGAGAUCAACAUCCACACCCCAAAGAACCUCGAGACAUUGACACUCACGUUCCGCACCGAGCGUGUGGUCAAGGCUAUUGGGUCUCUUGCCGAGCAGCGGGCCACCCACGGUGCCCCAGUACAGGGUCUGCUCGUCUCCAAGGACUUUUCGUACACUCUCCUCGACCCCAAGGACCUGCGCGACUUUACGGGUCUGUCAACGAGCUCUAUUGUUCAAAAGCAGAGUAUCCCCAUGGGAGUCGACUGGAGCGUGGUGAGGUGGCACCUGGAAGGCAUGUACGGCGAGGUGGACGACAGCGAGGAUGCCGAGGGCCGUCAAGUGCUGACUAUCAUGAAUGCUAUCAACGUCGUCCGCAUGUCUGACGUCGAGGUCCAGAUGCAAUGGGUCUCAAACACCAGCAACGACAUGAUUGCCGACUCGGCGCUGGUCGUGCUGCUCGGUAUCGAUACCAGCCCGGCGACCGUGAAGAUUACGACCAACCCUCACCCGCAUGCGUGCCACCACCACCACUCGGGCGAGCAAAGCGCCGACUUUGACACGCUUUACAUGUUCCUCGAGGCGCACUUUGGCGACGUGACAAAGCCAGCACAGACCGUCCCCGAGGGUAGCGAGGACGACCUGCUGGUGAUGAAGGUGACUGUGGAUGGCGUGAUCGCGACCGUGGACCUGAUCUCAAUGAAGGUCCAAUGUGACCAGGAUGAACUGCGGCAACGAGUCGAGUCGGUUGUCGAGAUGGCGCUCACGACCAUGACACCGCUGAGCCGUUUGUUUGCGGGUCAGGGACUGGAGGAGGUGCGCGAGUUGGAGGAGGAGCAGUAG